UCUCAGAUGCCGGAGAGCGUCCGCGGCCAGAUGACGAUGGAGAAGACGCCCAGCUACCUGGUGCGAGAGCGUGUGCCCGCCAGGGUGCGCGCCAUGUCCCCGUCGGUGAAGCUGGUGCUGGUGCUACGGGAUCCGGUGACGCGCGCCGUCUCGGACUACACGCAGGCCGCGGCCAAGGGACGCGCCAGGCGCUCCUUCCUACACUCGGUCACCGACAACCGCACCGGAAUGGUUGACGCCAGCAAGCCGCUGGUGCGUGUCGGCCUGUACGACGAGCACGUGUCCCGCUGGCUGGAGCACUUCCCCCGCUCCAGCUUCCACUUCGUCAGCGGCGAGAGGCUGGUGGCGCAGCCCGAGGCGGAGCUGGCCUCGCUCCAGCGCUUCCUGGGCCUGAGGCCGCCCUGGGUCGGGGCCCGGCAGCUGGUCUUCAACAGCACCAAGGGCUUCCCCUGCCUGCUCCGGGAGCCCGGCGCGACGCCCCACUGCCUGGACCCGUCCAAGGGUCGCCCCCACCCCAAGGUGGACCCCUCCCUCGAGAGGAGGCUGCGCGAGUUUUACGCGCCCCACAACCGGCGCCUGUACCGCCUCAUCGGCAGGGAUCUCGGAUGGCCGCCUUGAAGUGCAGUGCGUCGAUGUUGAAUGUAGUAUUAUGUAACGUGCGCUUGCAAAGAGCCAACUCUCUACAGAUGUUUGAAAGAUAUUGUGUAGUGCCUGCCUGGUAGUCCGUGGAAUGACGACAGCGCUGGAACCGCAGUUUCUAAGUGCUCACCGACUCCUUGACUCAUUCGAGAGACCCCGAACCCAAGGUCGAUGCCCAAUUUUAUAGAGGCUCCUCCAAGAGUUCUACACACCUUACAACCCAUGCUGCUGUGCCGCAUUAUCGGCAGGGAUCGACUUCGGGUGGCCGCCUUGAAGUGUAUUAUUGCACCCAUAGUGAAUGUAGUAAAUGUCAUGUGUGCUUGUAAAGAAGCAUCUCUUUGCAGAUGCUCGAAGAUCUCCCUCAAGCUGUUUAGUGCCUCUUAGUAUACGUGGAAAGGAAUCAACGUUGGAACUGCGAUUGUUCACCACCAACAUCCUUCCGGUGGCUCCAGUUCUUCACCCACAGAAGAGUCGACCUUCGACAUAAGGUGGACUCGGUGUACUCGACGGGCUCCUGCACGAUGUCAUGCGCAGAUCACGACCAGUGCCUGUGGCGCGCAUAAUCGGCAUACGGACUUGGGAUGGCCGCCUCGAAGUGCGCAGUACGGCUAUAUAUAGUAUAUCCCACCAUGUUUGACUGUGUAUCAAGUGUGCUUGGUGCACAAGAACCAGCCCUCUUCAAAUGCUACCGUGUUUUGUAUAGUGCCUAGUAGUCCGUGGAAAGAAGUCGGCCCUGGAAUUGUCUCUUUGACAGUGACUUCCACCGGUGACUUUCGCAACACGUUCCGGGGAAUCGUCGAUGCGCCUCCGGCAUCUGCACGCGCAAUUCACCAGCUGGUACAGACCCUGGCCGUAGCCACCGUGAAAUGCGCAGAAGCCAGUCUCCUCAUCCACAUAGACAGUCACAUCGCUGCGUACCAGCGUGGUGAACGCUGGACUACAUGCGCUCGCUAUAUUUAUACUUUGGUUCGACAGCAACACUGGUGUACCGUGUCCCCAGCAUCGCGAAGAAGCUGCUGUUUUAGCAAACGAAAUGUUUACCGCAGGAAAUCGCGGAGGAACUACGCGUACGGAUUGUGUUUUAGUGAAGUACAAGUGUUACUUUUCUUUCGAUAAGUAUUACAGUUAAGUGGGACCGCUGUAUACGAACUCUUCUGUGACACGUAGCCCCGAACAGUAUGACGGAAAUAUCUGCAGUACCGGUGAUGGUCUCAAGAUAGCAACGUAUUUGUCUGAAUGUUGCAGUGUAUAUAUAAAUACGUCGCGUGAAGCGUAUUUUUUGAGACGCCAGAGUAUCGGGUGUGCUUCGAUCAGCUUGCAUAUGUGACAAUAAAGUACCUUGAACGCAGCAUUUCAUUUGAGAGA